UGGAGAAUUGACUGCACUGCGGCCUCGUUGUUUGUUGUCCGCCAACCCACAGGCACUCGUCGACACAAAGGGACAAGGUCUGCCAGACGCACGUGUGCGACGACAGCACCGACAAGGGAUUGGUGUUCCUCAUGGCACAGAGAGCCCGCAAGCAACAGCCGCUGCCCACCAGUUCGUUCACGUCUUCUUGCGUUCAUGCGUUUGGGAGAGACGGCUGCUUGAAGGCUGCACUGUCCCUUCCAAGGCCGCCUACUUUCCCCGGGCUCGUUGGCGGACGCGUGAAUGGCAUCUCAACCCCCGGGCUUUGACAACCGCGGUCAUGGCGCCUCUGGGUCGACGCCAGGUGGCCUCCCCUCGAUGCACGUCCAGCCGCCGCCACCGCCAGCACUGCCACUGCCACUGCCAUCGACAGGAACGGGUGUUCACAGCGGUGACAUGCAACUCCGGGCGGCGUACGCAUCACCCCAACCCGCCCUUCAGCCACCGGUCCGCUCGCAGCCGGACCUAUCGAUGGGCGUGCCUCUUCCGGUUCCAUAUUGCCAGCCCCAAUCUGCACAGCUGCACCCACCGCAUCAACAACACACCCAGCAACAUACCCCUCGUCAGCGUGCACAACAGCAGCUUCUCGUGCCCAGUGGACAGCACGCGCCGCAGCACGCUGUUGGCUUUGGGCCCGUCGCUGCGAGGUCACAGACACCCCUGCAUCACAGCGCAUACCCCGUUCCUCAGCAUGUGCAUCAGCACGUGCCUCAGACCUACGCUCCACCAUAUGCACACCAGCAAAUGGCGCUUCCCACACCGGCGCCAAUGCAACAACAGCCUUUCCACCAGCUGAAUCCGCUGCACCAGCUGCACCACGCACAGCAGCAGCAGCUGCUGCAGCUGCAGCAAUUUCAAUUCGGGCACUACCAUCAACACCAGGUGUCGGGGGCGUAUGUUCUCCCUCAAGCCAAUCCAAGCACAGCAGCAACAGCACAAGUCAUCGACAGGCAAAUGCUCCAGGCGCACAGGAGGAACACCAACCAAGCACUGGCGCACCGCCAUCACAACCUCCGCCCACACAAACAGCACCGUGCACGCCCGCACUCACGCACGUCAUCCACAUCCUCAUCGACAUUGUCACAUGCGAAGCGAAGGGGCAAACGGAAGAAGAACGAGAGGAACCGACGCAGCAAGAAGCACAGGGCGCGGCAUCUGGCCCGCCACGGCUCCAGGCGCAGUGACAGCAGAGGAUCGCUUCGUCGUCACAGCAGCGCAACCAGCCGACGUGGCAGCCGGUAUGGUGAUGACGUGCGUGUUGUUUCUGGUGGUGCUGGUGGUGGUGAUGAUCAUGAUGAUGAUGAUCAUGAUGACGACGAUAAUGGUGGUGAUCGUGCUGGUGCUGGCGAUGAUGAUGAUCAUGCUGAUGAUGAUGGUGAUGUUGAAUUGAUUAGGAGGAGGAGGCAGCGGCAGCGGCAGCAACAGGACGAGGAAGAGGUGGAGGAGGAGAGUGUGCGAAGUGGCGCAGCUGGCAAGAGGACUGGCGUUCGAGUGAGGAGUGUUGAUGACGACGACAAUGACGAGAACAAUGACGAGGAUGGUCAUGAUGAUGAUGAUGAUGAUGAUGAUGAUGAUGAUGAUGAUGAUGCUGUCGACGACCACAACAGUUGCGACAGUGAUGAUGGUGAUGGGAGCGAUCGACAUGGCAGGAGCGACGAUGAUCAGCCAAGACGACGCAAGGCCAAGGCAGACAGAGCUACGACAAUUAGGGGCAGGAGAGACAAGAAGAGGCAACCCAGGAAGGCCAGGAAGACAAGGAAGGCAAGGAAUGUCAAGAAGGCAAAGAAGCGGAGGGUGGAGAAGAAGAGCAAGAGAAGGAGUGCAGCAGGUGCCAUGGGGAGUGCUGUAUUAGCGCACCGCGACAAUCAACAAUCGCGCAGAGCGAGUCGGGUGGAUCCAGAGGUGAUUGUGAUCUCUUGUGACGAGUCGUCGACCGACAGUGACACCAGCAACAGCAACAGCAUGGGUGGUGCUGACGAGCCUGCCCGUGGUGAGGGCGGUGUGCAUCUGGCGUCAGAGUUGCAGGUUGAAGGACAGUUUCUCUGCAAUCUCAACACGUUUUCUGCGCGCGUGCCGUUUCUGCUCACGUGUGGCGACCGCGGACUUCCCGUCCGGCCGCGCACGUGCGCAUACGCCUGGCCAGAUCUUCCUGCGCCGCUCCCGCUGCUGCCACUCACCGAUGAGAAGGACCAGCACGCAUCUGCGCAUGGUGACAAGAGCACAAGGCCGCAAUCGGCACGUCACGGUCGACCAGCACUGGCCCACGGCGCCAACUCGCACGCUAACAGUGCCAGCCAACCACCGCCACCAACAAAACCGCCACCGACAACAGCACCACCACCAGCAACAGCAGCAGCAGCAGCACGAGGGGUGUGGGCUUGGGGAUCUGGUGCUGCGAGUGGGAACGCGCCAAAUGCGCCCCUAUCGUCGUCAUCAACGUGGCCAACGCCAACAGCAGCAGCGCCGACGAUGACAGCACCACCAACAACAACACCAACACCAACAACGGUAACGCCAACACCCACGACGGCAACAACAAAUCCACGGCCGCUGGCGUCGGAAAUGGCAGUGGGUGACCGCGCCACUGGUGCCGGUACUGAUGGCCGCAUAUGUGCCACCACCACCACCACCACCACCACCACCACCACCACCACCACCACCACCACCACCAAAAACACCGGCAGCAGUGCACCGCCCAAUGUGUGUCGCCCUCAGCCCAGGAUCAAGGCAAGCCUUUCCAAGCGCGGGGUGCAUAUGCUCGCGAGGCAGAUGCAGAGCAUGCACGAUUGCAUCGAUGACCAAGUGUGCGAGGGUGUAUACUUGCUUGCAAGGGAGCUGGAGGAGGAAAAUGCCAAACAAAAUCGCACGCAGAGGAAGGCGGGUCACCCACGCAGAGGGCGCGCUGGGCGCAAAACCAGAAGAAAAGACAACACCAACAACGGCGCUGGCGCAGACGGUGGCGAUGACAUUGAUGCUGUGAUUCCCGCGUUGACGACGCGCUUCCGACCGUUUCACAAGGACUUGCACUCGAGUGCAGGCGUUGGCCUGCGGGUGCUGACGUGGCUGUGGAUGAGAGAGAGGCGAAAGGCCGCAGACGACAGCAACAACAACGACGACGACGACGACAACAGCAACAACAACAACAACAACAACAACAACAACAACAACAACAGCGACGACGACGAUGAUGAUGAUGAUGAUGAUGAUGAUGAUGAUGAUGAUGAUGAUGAUGAUGAUGAUGAUGAUGAUGAUGAUGAUGAUGAUGAUGAUGAUAAGAGUGCGACUGCUAACGCAAGCGCUACCCCAUCAGCAAUGCCAAGGUCCAAGCAGCCCGCAGUCACACGACGGUGCAAGUUGCUACACGUGCACAAGAGGCGAGAUGGCGCGCUGGCAGCGCUCGUGCGACACAUGACUGUACAGCACGCCAACGGCGAACACGCACGGCUUCAGCUGAGUAGGCUGUGGUUUCGGCGUGCGCUGUGUCCGAGGGAGGUUGUGGCGUCGUACGUGGGCGUGGGCGGUGAAUUGGUGGACCUCCGUGACGCUGCGUAUCGGAAAGAAGAGGAAGAGGACAGGGAGGCGCGAGAGCGACGAUUGGGGCGAUUUAGAUGGAACAGACAGCAGAAACCGGGAGUGGAGGAGAUGGCGUCUGGAGGACGUGGCAUGUAUGUGUCAUGGAACUUCCGACGGGCGGGUAUCGGUGGUGGUGGUGGUGGUGGUGGUGAUGGUGGUGGUGGGUCGAAGCACGUUGCUGGCGUUGAGCGUACGCUGGCCGGACAGGAAGCGACGGCACCGGGUGCUAUCACCACGGCGGCGUCACAGGGCGACGAAGGUCGCAAGCAACAGCAACAACAACAACAACAACAACAACAACAACAACAACAACAACAACAACAACAACAACAACAACAACAACAACAACAACAACAACAACAACAACAACAACAACAGGAGGCGCAUGCUAGGGUGCAACAGCUGUUGCAGCAGGGAGAGUGGCAACGGCAGGCAACGGUUGCUGUGCACUUACGCGAGCAGCAACGUGUUGGGCGACUGCAGCAACAACAACAACAACAAGUGUCACAUGAGCAGCACGCACACGUUGCCCGUGCCCAUCAGCCUGCACUUGCCCCAACACACGGGCAGCAGCUGCAGGGACACCAACCCCACCAACGACGUGAACCGCCACCUCACCCGCAUCACGACCGCCAACAAGUGUCACUACCGCUCCCGCGGCAAGAACAACAACAACAACAACAACAACAACAACAACAACAACAACAACAACAACAACAACAACAACAACAACAACAACAACAACAACAACAACAACAACGCCAUCUCGCCUCAGCAGCAGCAGCCCCACCACAGCGGCAGCAACCGUGGCGCCAUCACCCGCACCAGGGACAGUACUACCGCCCUCCAGCCAACAACAAGAACCUCCUAUUUUAUCUGCAACAGAACCCGCGCUUGCUCAACAAGCAGCUGCAUCAACAGCACGCCAUUCAGCAGCAGGGCAGGCGCCGCGCUGCUGUGCGCAGACACGCGCUCGCACGGGCGAGGAAAGCGGCCACUGGCAAGUACAAACUAGCGGCAGGCGAGACGUCAUCAGCAUCAGCCUCGACAGUGCCCAACAGCAACAACAGCCACGCCAAGGGCCCCGCAAAGGGCAGCGACAACAGGGCUGACCCCCAUGAUCAGUCGUCUGAGGAAAAGGUGACGGCCCAACCAGCUGCUGCGAAUGAUGAUGGUAGUGAUGAUGGUGACAGUGGUGACAGCGGUGAUGGUGGUGAUGAUGGUGACAGUGAUGAUGGCGGUGGGGUGAAAAGUGAAGAAGACGGCGACGAGUAAAAGUUUGGCAAGCGAGCGUGUGCUGUGUGCAUGCGUGUGCGUGGCAUAUGUAUAUGAUGUGCACUGUGUGCGUGUGAUCGAACCUAAGGGAAUGUGAAGCAUGUGCGAGCAUGUGUGUAUGUGUGUAUGUGUGUGUGUGUGUGUGUGCGUGCGUGCGCGUAUGUAUUUGUGGCGAGACACGCUUCAUUUGUAUUUGUGGAGAGGCCUGCCUCGUUUGUACUACUACUGGCAAGCAAAGCAUGGCUCAUAUGUAUUUGUGCAUUGUCUCGCGUUGUUCACAUUCGUGUAUGUUGUGUGUUUCAUGUGUAUUCAUUGGUUGUUGUUGCGGCUGCGCCAUCAUGUAAACAGACUUGAGGA